CGCACACAGAAAGCAGACGCGGGAAAUAACAACUUACAUGGCUCUCCUCCUUAAUUCGUGGCAAAUCGACUAUGACUUGUUAGCGCCGACACACUUGUAGCCAUCCUCCGUGAGGGCGAACAAACAAUAAUAAUAAUUUAGAAUACAUACAUAUAUUUUCACAAAGAGAAUCGCAAACAUAUCAGCUGUGUGCCACAGUUCCACAUUCCGGCGCACACAGGCAAAAAAAAAAAAUGAAGGCGAAAAACCGUGACCAAAGCUUGUCGGACUCCAGAGAGCUGGACGGAUCCUAUGACCAGCUUACAGGUAAUCCUUCCACCAGCCAAAGCAAAAAAACCAUAAAGCAGCGAUUCCUCAAGCUGCUGCCGUGCUGCAAACCCUCGGCUGCCCCCUCAAUCAGUCAAAACAGCGUCGAAGAUGAUUUUGAGCUCUCCACUGUGUGCCACCGCCCUGAAAGCAUGGACAAGCUGCAGGAGCAGACUAAGUUCACCAAGAAGGAGCUGCAGGUCCUCUACAGGGGCUUCAAAAACGAGUGUCCAAGUGGUGUGGUGAACGAGGAGAACUUUAAAACCAUUUACUCCCAGUUCUUUCCACAGGGAGAUUCGAGUAUGUAUGCACAUUUCCUGUUUGAAGCCUUCGACACAAACAAGAACGGCUCCGUUAGUUUCGAGGACUUUGUAUUCGGCCUGUCCAUCAUCCUGAGAGGGACCAUUAAUGACCGGUUAAACUGGGCGUUCAACCUUUAUGACCUGAACAAGGACGGCUGCAUCACCAAAGAGGAGAUGAUGGACAUCAUGAGGUCCAUCUAUGACAUGAUGGGGAAGUACACAUACCCCACUAUGCAGGACGAUGCUCCAAGAGAACACGUUGAGAGCUUCUUCCAGAAAAUGGACCGGAACAAAGACGGGGUGGUCACCAUCGAGGAGUUCAUCGAGUCAUGCAAAAAGGAUGAGAACAUCAUGCAGUCCAUGCAGCUGUUUGACAACGUCAUCUAAGGAUCUGGACCAGAGAGGAUGCUGGCGCCAGGGAGGGGAGUGUGUGUGUGUGUAAGAGGAAAUCGGGAUUGAAACGUGAGAAAGAGUUUUGUGAAUGUGUGUGUGCGUGGCCGUCUUCUGACUUGCAAGCUUCUGCUUGUGUGUCUGUUGAGAGCCGUGAGUCCUGAGGGCACCGAGAGGCCCUCUCCCUCGUCCUGGUUCCCCAGCGGCAUUUCUCCAAGCAGCUGUGGAGUUGACCCGUCUCCCUUCCUCAUCAUGCAGAACCUUAGUUUUACCCCAGAGACACAACGAGAGAAGACAAGCAGCAGGCUCACAGGCACUGGUACACCCCACUUCUUUCAUUUAUAACUGUUACUGAUGGAGGAACUACGUCAGCCUGUAAUGGCUCAACUCAGAGGGAGGAAGUUGCCCCCAAACCUUGUCCCAAGAUCACUUUUCCCCGUUUCCCUGUGAUGGCUGAGAUUUGGAUUUGUGAUUCUGAUCCUGCCUCUGUGCAUGUGGGCAAUGCCUCCCUGGAGCAGCUAGACCGCUCGCGCCCCGGCCAUAGAAAUAGAGAUGAGUCUACUGCCAUCUAGUGGACGAGAGAGGAGGAGAAAGACGCUUCCCGAGGAAACAGCUGAGAUCCAAGUGGAGGUUCACAACGCGUUGUUUCCCACGAGGAACUGAUUUCAAUAUCGCAUGAUGAUGUCACUAAUUAUCCAAUUAUGUAUUUACAGAGAUACUCCAAAGUCUGCUUGUCUGUCUGCUGUUCCUUGUCAUUCACAGGUGCCUCACCCUCUGUGUAUGUGUGUGUGCAUGUGGAUCAGAGAGAGAUGUCAUCCAUCUUACCUGAGCAAGACUCUUAUGGGGAAACACACCCACCUCCAUUCAUGGGAUUCUGGUAGAAUAAUUCCCGGCCUUCCAAACUAUUACAGUCCUAGCUGUAGGUGUCUAUUGACUGUUGUACAUUUACUAGCAUUCCCGGCGGUGUGUUAUUAGGCGCUACAACAUGGUGGAUGGCGAGCUGUUCUGACCAUCCCAGCUUCUCCCGGCGCGGGGCCAGCAUACCACGGUCGCUCUAAUACACAUUCAAGGGGAAUUUAUUAGAUUUCAGAUUGUAUUUGUGAACUUCUUGUAAUCGGAAAUGUCAUGUGGUUGUAGCAGGUUCCACCACAAGUAUCUCAGAACCCUCCAUUCGAUUUGGCUCAUUCAAUUUUCAAAGAGGCCUAGUAUGUGUGCGUGCGUGUUCUGUUAGUGAGAGAGACAUGGUUUAAUAACAUGGUUUGUUUUAUGCCCUCCCCACUCCCGUUCUGUAUUCUCCCUCUUUCUGUAACACCAAAGAGAAGACGACAAGUUAAAGAGGCAUGUGAUGCCACCCCAAGUGAAGACAUGAAGCCCCACUGUGGGUUAAGAGAGAGGGAGAUGCCGUGUAGUAAAUGAGGCAAGGGGCAAUCAGAGGUGGAAGGAUAUAUCUCGACAACAUGGCAAUGUGGUUUACCCGCACUCAGCUCAACCUGGAGUGUAGCUUUAGGUUGUAAAACCCAGGUGAUAGGCUCAAUCAACAACUACUUAUUAAUGUCUCUUCCCAAACUAGAUCUACUCUUACAUCUAAGAAGGUGCGAGUAAAAAAGGGGCACUCAAGCUAUAAUUAAAACGGGCUGUAGUGUAUUUCAAAUGCAGAGACAAACACGACAUAGCAAUAAAGUUCUCGACCACGAAUCAGCACUUUCCCACUCAUCCAACCUCUCACUCCUCUCAGAGCACAGUAGGGGUGCAGUAAGACCCUGAUGAAAAUAUGCACUUCCCACACUGCAAUUAAUUCUUUUUUUUUUCUGUUCUGCAUUUUAUAAUUUCUGAGAAAUAACAGUGGUUUGGCUCUGAUUGUUCCUUGCCAACAGUCUUUAUCUUCCAUUCCUGACCACAAGUAAAACCUGUCUAUACCCGCAUGU